CGUUAAAAGCGGCUGUCAAAUCUCAAUUCUCAACCGAUACGGAAAAAGUGAAAAAGAUGAUGAUGUCCAGCUCAACCCACCUAAUCUUCUCCCUCUUGCUCAUCUCCGCCGCUGCUACACUUUGUCCCGUCCAUGCCACCGAUCACAUUGUCGGUGCCAACCGCGGCUGGAACCCCGGCUUCAACUACACCCUUUGGGCCAACAACCAUACCUUCUAUGUUGGCGACCUUAUCUCAUUUAGGUACCAAAAGAACCAGUACAAUGUGUUUGAGGUAAACCAGACUGGCUAUGACAACUGCACCACUGAAGGUGCAGUUGGAAACUGGAGCAGUGGCAAAGAUUUCAUACCCCUCAAUGCUGCCAAGAGGUAUUACUUUAUUUGUGGCAAUGGUCAGUGCUAUAGUGGAAUGAAGGUAUCUGUUCUUGUCCAUCCUCUGCCGCCGCCCCCAUCGUCCUCCAUCGCUCAUUUGAAUCCCUUAUCGGAUUCUGCUGCCCCGGUGGUUCUGCAACAGAGAGGAUUCGGGGUUCUCAUUGUGUCUUUUGCUAUCAGUUGGCUUGGAUCUGGGUGGAUGUGGUGCUAGCCGGAUGUUUUGGCUUUGUUUUGAUUCUUUUGAAGAUGGUCUAGCUGAGGGCAGUGUAUUAUUUGUGUUUAAUUUUCUGAAGUGUUUGGUGUUUGUUUUGGAUGUUAGUGUUUGGUUUAAGUUAUAAUAUUGGGAACGUCUUCAAAUGUACUAAAUUUCUAGUAGCUUGGUUGCGGUAAACUGAUAUCUUAAAUUAUACUAUGUUUUUAUUUC